CCCGCCCGGCGCCCCGCGGGCAGCCCCCUGCCGCCGCGCCAUGUCCGCCGGCUGGUUCCGGCGCCGCUUCCUGCCGGGGGGUCCGCUCCCCGCGCCGCGGCCCCCCCGGCCGCGCGCCAGCCCCGUGCCCUACCGGCGGCCCCGCUUCCUGCGCGGCUCGGGCUCGGGCCCCGGCACCGCCGACGCCCCGCGCCGCCCGGACGCCCGGCCCGUGCGCAGCCCGGCGCGGGGCCGCGCGCUGCCCUGGAACGCAGGCUACGCCGAGAUCAUCAAUGCAGAGAAGUCUGAGUUCAAUGAGGAUCAGGCGGCCUGUGGGCAGCUGUGCAUACGGAGAUGUGAGUUUGGGGCUGAAGAGGACCAGGAGUGGCUGACCUUGUGCCCAGAGGAGUUCCUGACAGGUCAUUACUGGGCCCUGUUCGAUGGGCACGGCGGUCCGGCUGCAGCCAUUCUGGCCGCCAACACCCUGCACUCCUGCCUGCGCCGGCAGCUGGAGGCCGUGGUAGAGGGCAUGGUGGCCACUCGGCCCCCCAUGCACCUCAGCGGCCAUUGCGUCUGCCCCAGUGAUCCCCAGUUUGUGGAAGAAAAGGGCAUUAGGGCAGAAGACUUGGUGAUCGGGGCUCUGGAGAGUGCCUUCCAGGAAUGUGAUGAGGUGAUCGGGCGGGAGCUGGAGGCCUCAGGCCAGGUGGGCGGCUGCACAGCCCUGGUGGCUGUGUCCCUGCAGGGCAAGCUGUAUGUGGCCAAUGCUGGGGACAGCAGGGCCAUAUUGGUUCGGAAAGAUGAGGUUCGGCCCCUGAGCUCCGAGUUCACCCCGGAGACUGAGCGGCAGCGGAUCCAGCAGCUGGCCUUCGUCUACCCCGAGCUUCUGGCAGGUGAGUUCACCCGACUGGAGUUCCCUCGGCGACUGAAGGGGGAUGACUUGGGGCAGAAGGUUUUGUUCCGGGAUCACCACAUGAGAGGCUGGAGCUACAAGUGCGUGGAGAAGUCGGAUCUCAAGUACCCACUGAUCCAUGGGCAGGGUAGGCAGGCUCGGUUACUGGGAACACUGGCUGUCUCCCGGGGCCUGGGAGACCAUCAGCUCAGAGUCCUGGACACAAACAUUCAGCUCAAGCCCUUCUUGCUCUCUGUCCCACAGGUCACUGUACUGGAUGUGGACCAGCUGGAGCUGCAGGAGGAGGAUGUGGUUGUCAUGGCAACUGAUGGUCUCUGGGAUGUCCUGUCCAAUGAGCAGGUGGCACGGCUAGUACGGAGCUUCCUCCCUGGCAACCGAGAGGACCCACACAGGGAACAUGUGACCUGCUUACAUGUUUGGGAACUUAGUGAAAUAAUAUGCCACUGGUCCUGCUCUAAGAAGGCCAUGCAGGGGAAGGAAAGGCCACGAGCCAGCUUUAGCUCAUUGCAACCCUGAUCAAGACCUCUCCCCCCUUCCAAGAGAAGGCAAGGAAAAGCAGCAGACAUACCAGGUAAACAGGAAUGACCUGUAAUUGGAAAAGAAGCUUCAGACAAACUGAAAAUGCUCUGGUUCCAGCAUUGUGUCCCCAGACGCCAGAAGCCAGGCACAAAAGGCAUGCAAGAGUGACUGUCAACAUGUACAGGCGCAGACAGAGCAUCACCGAGCAAAACGGGGCUAAUACUGCAGAAAGGGCCCCAAAGUGCGGCUUGAGGAACACAAGGGAAGUUAUCCCAAGACCCUCGUUUAGCUGCCAUGGAAACAGCAAACACUUGAAGCUUUGCUUCGUUCUGUCUCCCAAAGAAAUAAGGGUAAUAAAGAAGACUCACUAACACUUGUGGCAAACACUAUUAGCAAGGAUUCAGUCUUUCUCCUGGGCUGCCGGACUCCACCGCCUUCUGAACUGUGAGAAAUGACAUAUUCUAUAUACAUAUAUAUAUAUGCAUACAUACAUAUGUAUAUGUAUGUAUGCACACACGGAUAUAUUUAAAUGAAGGUGUACACACUGUGCUAAAAUACAAACAACAAAAACCCCAUGUCAUAUAUAAAAAGGCUAAAUAGAACAUAUAACACAGGCCUAGAGCCAGCUCUUGCUUGGGAGCUGGGAAGGGGUGCUAUCAUCUGGAGACUCUGUACACAAUUUGUGGUGGGCAGGGAAGGCAUCAGUGUAAACAACUCAGACUCACUCCACAAUACUGGCCCACAGGAAAGCGUGAUGUAACUCAUGUACAAAAAUAGACUCCCACCUUGCUUUUGUACAAAACCAAGCUUGGCAGGCACCCAGAAAGACCGCAGGUUUGUCUUGAUGACGGGGGAUCACACUAGGCUACUGCUAAACCUCCCAGCCAUAGAAACUACCUGCAACCCCUACUUCCUCCCUUUCAGGCUCUUGGGCCAUUUCCCACCCAACACUCAGAGCCCUAAGGCAUGCCCAGAUCACCCACCCUCACAUGACUAACUCACAAGGCUUCCUGGCAAGCAAGGUCCUUCUUUCUGUAUCUAUCCCUUUCUUACCCCAAGAUAUAUGAAGAAUUAUUUCUGUAAAUGUUUGGCACCUAAGUAACAUGAUGGUUGUGGAAUAAUGCCACAAUGACAGAGGGAGACCCAGUAACAAGACAUGCAGGGUGAGGGCAAGGGGUGCUGAGCUGCCCUUAGCAUCUCAAAACCAGAACUGUGGCUUCCCAUGCAUUUAUGGGGGUGGGAGAAGGGAUGUGCAGAAUUAACAACUUCACCGGCUCCUCAGCAGCAAAUACAUUCAAAAUUGCAGGCGUCUUGAGGACCCCAGUAUACCCUAAUCAUGAAUCUGGUCACUCCUCUGGAGGAGCUCAGUGCAGUGACAGCUGUAAAAUCUAAGUCCUGAUAGAAUCUGCCACACCAAGAGUCUUUUUGAAGAAGCUCGGCAAAGUACUUUUUUUCUUUUGAGCAGAUGUACAG